AUCUGAUUGGCAAAUAAGAACAUCACUCUCAGACCGAAUGAAGUAUAUGCUGAACAACCAACUUAUGUGUGACGUCACCUUCCACGUCGGAACAGACAAGACACCAAUCAAGGCUCAUACAUAUAUGCUGGCUAGUUCCAGUCCUGUAUUCUACAGCAUGUUUGAAGGACCACUAGCAGAGAAAGGGACUGUUGAAAUUGUUGAUAUGGAACCGGAAUAUUUUAAUAUGAUCUUACAAUUCAUAUAUACAGACAAGAUUACUGUCGAUUCUAAUAAUAUAAGGAACCUUUUAUAUGGAUCAGAAAAGUAUAUGCUUCAGCUAUUAACAGAUAAGUGUAAUGCAUUUUUAGCUUCAAAUGUGAAUGUGGAUCAUGCAUGUCUUGUUUUACAAGCAGCACACGACUUCAACAUGGAAGACUUAAAAACGAAAGUAUUGAACUUCAUUUUCAUCAACGGAAUAGAGGUUCUUGAUUCAAAAGAUUCCAUAACUUUGUCAGCGGAAUGCAUUAAACUAUUACUUAGUUCUGAUAAGUUUCGUUGCGAAGAGGAACACAUUUACCAACAUAUGCUACAGUGGGGUCAACAUAAAUGCAAUGAUAAAAGUUUACCGGUAACGGAUGAGAAUAUAAGAGAAUGUCUUGGUGAUUUGUUAUAUCUGAUACGUUUUCCAGUCAUGAGACCUCAGUAUUUUACAAAAGAAGUUUCUUGCAAAAGUUUACUAACUGCGACCGAGAUAGUAAAAGUUUAUCAACAUUUUAAUUUUAAAACAACCGAUAUUUUCCCUUCAAACAAACGCAUUUCUAAAAUUAAGAUUGAAAUAGGCCUUGCUAAAAGGCGGAAACAAUAAACGGAACAGAAACCGAAAACGGAAACGGAAACAAGUAGUUUUUUUAUCUUUUUCUUUCGGUUAUUUUUGUUCAUAGGCAUGUUGUUUAUAGUAUAUCUCAUGUUUACAGAUGAAAAAAUUGAAGACAAAUCUUUGAAAGAAUAAAAUAUUGAAAUAAAUGGCGGGAGAGGAAGAACCAAGUUAUUUAAUAAAGGCAUGCAUAUUGAACUUAAUUUGAUUGCAUAAUCCACUAGCAAUUGU